AUGGAUUUCAUCAACCACUCAAAAAAAGUAAACUCCCAAUCAUCGUCGUCAAAGAGCAGAAGAAAGAAUCAGCAGCAGCAGCAUGACCAACAGCAAGAAGAAUCAAAGUCUUGGUGUGCAGGAGGAAGGUUUAUCGGGGUUCGAAGAAGGCCAUGGGGCAGAUAUGCAGCGGAGAUAAGGGAUCCAUCCACUAAAGAAAGGCAUUGGCUAGGCACUUUCGACACUGCAGAGGAAGCAGCACUCGCCUAUGACACUGCCGCCCUCUCCAUGCGUGGCUCUCUCGCUCGCACCAACUUUGUCUACUCCGACAACAACAUCCCUAUUCCUCCUCCCCCUCCUCCUCCUCCUGCAGCUUCCUCCGACCAUGAAUUGCUACACGACUUCUCCGCCGGCCUCUUCCUUGUGAAUUCGCAUCAAAACCAACAACACAAUCAAUUAUUCUACUUUGGUUCAACUGGUCAGGAGGACCAUGACCAAGACCACCACCGGCCUCUCAAUGUCAGUCAUUUUUCAAGUGGAUUUUUCCCAGUUCCAGGAGACGAGUGGAUUCAACGAAGGGUGAAUGAUGAUGACAGUGAUCAUCAGCAGCAGCAACAGCAGCAAAGUAUUAUUAUGCAUGGUGGUACUGGUACUGGUACUGGUACUGGUACUGGUACUGGUACUGCUGGUGGGUCAUUGAAACACCAACAAUACUUCUGUGAUGAUGAAGUGGACUUGCCACCAUUGCCACCUGAUAUUUCGAGUUAUUAUUAUGAUGGUUCAAAGAGCGUCCAGCAGCAGCAGCAGCAGCAACUUUCCGAGGUGGGUCAUGGUGCUGAUGUAUGGAAGGAGGACAUGCUUUUUCUUGGUGAAGACAAGUUUUCUGUGGGGACUGGGACUGGGUCUGGGUCGUAUUUGAGCGAGUUCUUGCAACAGCAAAGCACACUCCUUGGGAGGAUGGAGCCAGUUUCUGAUGGGUUAUCAUCAUCACCAUCUUCACUACCACUACUACUACCAGCUGAUGAAGCUCAUCAUGGUUUUGACUUUGGCGGUUCUUCUUCUUCAUCCUCAUUUUCAUCCACAUACUUCUUCUGA